AUGUCGUCACAUAACACGCUCAGCGCCGCGUCAGAGGAUCGCAAGGCGCGCCUCGCUAAGCUAAAGAGCCUCAAGCGCAAACAGCCCGCCGACGAGCUUGUCGCACCCGAAGCCGACGAACGAUUGCCAAUUCCAUCGAGCAACAAGGAAAACGAGCAUGGCGAAGACGAGGAGGCACCCCCUGAUGUCACGCGUUUGCAUCUAUCAGGCCGAAACUACGACCCCGAGACGCGCGGGCCGAAGCUUGGUUUCGAGGCGCCGCCAACCCUCUCAGACGACAAGGCCACGCUUGAGCAGCAGGCUGCAGAACUCGAGGCACAAGUGAAGGAGAAGGCAGCGACCGAAGCUGCCGACGCGAAAGGAAUCGACCUGUUCAAGCUGCAACCGAAGAAGCCUAAUUGGGAUCUCAAGCGCAACCUGGAGCAAAAGCUAGACGUCUUGAACGUCCGCACAGACAAUGCAAUUGCGCGCUUGGUCAAGGACCGCAUCACCGCUGCGCAAAAGGCGGCCCAAAAAGAUUCAAACGGGGAUGAUUUCGAGACGGCUGGAAUGGAUGGAGCUACGCUCGUCGAGUCCUUAAGAGUCCGAGAGCAGGAAGAAGAGGAGGAAGAACGCCGCGAAAAGGAAGAAGAGGAAGCACUGACUGCAUAA